UGCAGCCUUUUCUUCGAAAUUAAUAUGUGAAGGUCGAGGUGGGCACGACGGUGCUUUACUUCCCGUUUAUUUUUUUUGAGCAGUAUGGUAGAUGCGGAUUCGGCCGGAUUUUGCGUCCCUACUGUUUAGCUGUGUUGUGUCGGUAAUGUUCAGUAUCUGUAUCGGUGAAUAUUGCAGACAACAGCGCGCUACUGUUUUAGACGUUUCCUGUACGGGCUAACUCAGUAAAGGAAUUGUGCAGGUGUCUCAAAUUGCGCAGUUUGGGACAGUUGUGCGAUAUCUAUUCUUCUCACUUCAAAUGUUUAUCUUUGGCUCGUCCUCGCUGCAGAUGUAAGAGUGCACGCUUGCGUCUGUAGUAGGGAUUCUAAAUUUUAGAAAGUUUUAGAGCAUUCAGGUCUGGGUGUAAUUUUUUUUUGUUACGUUACAGAGGGUGACCUUGUUGAUGCAAGCUCUGACGUAGCUGGAAGAGAUAUGCUUCUGCUGAGAUAUACAUUAGCUUAUUAUGAGAUAUACUGCGGUCACUGUCUCGGGCAACCUGAGGGCUCUGCCACUGUAUACAUUAGCUUAUUAUGAGAUAUACUGCGGUCACUGUCUCGGGCAACCUGAGGGCUCUGCCACUGUAUACAUUAGCUUAUUAUGAGAUAUACUGCGGUCACUGUCUCGGGCAACCUGAGGGCUCUGCCACUGUAUACAUUAGCUUAUUAUGAGAUAUACUGCGGUCACUGUCUCGGGCAACCUGAGGGCUCUGCCACUGUAUACAAUAAGACAUUAACUUAUUUUGAGAUAUACUGCGGUCACUGUCUCGGGCAACCUGAGGGCUCUGCCACUGGAAGAAUUUGUGAAGACAUGCUACGGAAAUUGUCACUGAACAACAACUUCCCAACGGUCAGCAACAUAAUAUUGCAUUUCUGUGUGUCAUUUUUAAUGCAAACAAUCUAUUUUAUAGGUGAUGAGAAUAGCUCUGAGGAAGGUAUUGUCGCCGGUUCAUCACACCACCAUGACGACAUAGUACCUCUAGACGGACCUAUUAAUGCGGGCGAGGACGCUCCGCCGUCAGGAGAGGCCGUGUUAGAAGAUGAUGAUGACAUUGGAGGCGUGGCCUAAGUGACGUCAAGGAUGGUGUGAUGUCGGGAGGGCGCGUGGCGAGAUGUUGUUGGAGGGGCGCGUUUGGGCUCGAGGCGCGUUGGCGCAAGGCAUCGCUCUCUUUUGCUUGCGACAGUCGGGACGGACGGACGUUCACAUCGUUGCACAAUCGUGCAUACGUUUCCAGUUACUUAUCAAAUCAUAUUGGUCGUAAAUAUUGUUUUAUACUUGGCGGGUUUAUUUAUUGUUUUUCGUAUUUAAUAUUAACUUUGGCGGUGUCCACGAGUAUGAUAAUUGCUGGACGUCUCCUCGUCGGCUUCAGUUUGGGCUUCAUACAAAUACUCAUUUAUAUAUAUGUCGGAGAGAUUACAUCGCCAAAUAUUAGAGGAAUUAUUAUGACGUCAUUGAGCAUUUUCCAAUGCACAGGUUGUUUGAUCGGCUUCUGUUUGGGUCCGUACCUCUCCUACCUCCAGUUUGGAUUCGUGCCUAUAAUUUUAAUAAUAAUAUUCAUUGCGCUCAGCUUCUUCUUGAACGAAUCUCCAGUGUAUUUUGUUAUUAAGGGCGACGAAGAAUCAGCCAAAAAGGCUCUAAAUUACUUUGGUCGCAGCAAAGAUGUAAAUUACGAACUGAAAAUUAUGCUUCAAAAUGCAAAAGAGAACGCACAAGGAAAAAGGAAAUGGCUUGAACUGUUUCAGAGGAGUAACAGAAGAGCACUCCUGAUUAUUAUUCCAUUAUAUAUAAUCGAACAAGCAAGCGGUGUUAUAGCUGUUAUAUUAAAUGCAACAGCAAUUUUCAAAUUAGCCGGCUCAUCAGUUGAACCGGCAGUUGCGACCAUGAUAGUUGGCGUUACUAAUCUGACGGGAAGCUUAAUCUCGCCAUUUGUCGUGGAUAGGUAUGGAAGGAAGGUGCUUUUGUUGUUUUCAGCAGGAGGGUGCUGUCUGGCAAUGACUGCUUUAGGAACUUAUUUUUAUUUUCGACAAAUGUUUCCGGAGUCUGUUGGAUCCCUGGGCUGGUUACCGCUUACUGCUUUAGUUGCAGCUCUGUUUACGUACAGCGUUGGUCUGACAAUAAUACCACACGCUCUAGCAGGGGAAAUGUUUAGUCCGAAAAUGCGUGGGCUAGGCACCUCUCUAGGUUUGACAGUCGCCAAUGGCUCCGGUCUGAUAACCACCAGCAUUUAUUCUUACCUAGCAGUAAACGUCGGCAUCCAUUACGCUUUCUGGAUGUUCGCUGUCUUUGACUUGGUUGGCGUCAUCUUCACCAUCUAUGUCGUGCCGGAGACCAAAGGAAAAAGCUUAUCUGACAUUAACGCUAUGCUAGCAAAAUAAUUCUGAGUCGUGACUGGCAAUAGCCAACCUUUAAUUAUUUUUUAUUUUUUUAUUGCUUUGCCUUUAGAAAUAAAUUAAGUAAUUUCUGUAUUUUUUGUACGGGCUCACAAUUUUAUGCACGAUCUGUUUUGGUGCAAAUUUAAAUGUACUUUGUCAUCGUCAAACUCAUUUAUGAACUAGCGAGUGUGUAUACAAAGAGAAUUUGAUGCUUGUUCCAAAAUUCAAAACUUCUGAUUUAACUUCAUGGUUCAAUACGAGUAAUUCAGAUCCUAGCUUAGCUAGUUAUAAUCGAUGACACUUAUAGUGUCGAUUAUGUAUUUAGUAUCCGUAUCUACAGUAAGUAAAUUAUGAUUUUUUUUUAUAUUAUAUUAAAGUCGUAUAAAAAUA